AUGACAGCUGACCAGAUCCCAGUUGUAUACGGUGUUUCCUCGCCACUCCUCUUAGUCGCAACUCAGACAGCUUCCCUUGUCAUGGCUGAAGAGGAUGCUGAGCAGGCCUUUUUCCAGGCUCAGACAAUGAAUGCGGACUCGGUGGGCUAUCAGGCUGUGGAUGACCAGGGGGCAGAUAAUUCCGAUGACGAUGACUAUGAUCCUUCAGAGACACUGCAUGACCAAUAUCCUGCUACCUUGACAGAUGCCAACCAAUGCGAUCCUGUACAUUUCGACGCCCUUCCUUCGAAACAAGAUCCCCCAGAUCAAACCACCCUCCCUGCAGAAACAGAUCCUAGCCUGCAAGCUGGCAGCUCCUACCCUUCUCAGACACCUUCACGAGCUGAGUCUCGGGCAUCAACAUCGGCCCCCGCAUCUAGUACUUCUGUACCACCGCCGAAGACCAGAACAAUUGGAGGUUUUGUGGUUGAGGAUGAGGAUGAGGAUGACACGGGUGAUGCAGAUUAUGAGCCACCAGCUGUAUUAGGUGUUGAGGACAUGAAUGCUAUACCUAUGAAUGUGCCUCAGCAACCAAUCUCAGGAAAUGCAAAUGAAGAUACUUCCACCCCUGAUGUAUCACUGGAUGAAGCUGCGCAGAAUUCUGCCAGCGUGAAGAAUGUUCCUAAUAGUUCAUACUCUCCUGCUGCUGCUUCUAAAAAUGAUGCAUCUCUACCCUCGGACCAGGAUUUGUACAACUUACGUACGUUACAGUCUGAAAAUGCGCAAGGGAGUGCCAUGGCUACUCCGGUCCCUGAUUCUCCGUCUGCCUCGAAGGGCCGCUUGCCCCACGAUAGGGUCGGCAUUUUGGAAGACAGAAUCCAAGAAGACCCUCGAGGUGAUAUCCCCGCUUGGCUCGAGUUGAUUAAUGAACACAGGAGUCGCAAUAGGAUCGACCGUGCUCGGGAUGUAUAUGAGCGUUUUCUCAAAGUAUUUCCUUUCUCUGCGGAACAAUGGGUCGCAUAUGCGAACAUGGAAUCGGAACUCAACGAGCUCUUUUGCCUUGAGCAGAUCUUUAAUCGAACUCUUUUGACCAUCCCCGAUGUCCAACUUUGGACUGUGUACUUGGACUACGUUCGCCGGCGUAAUCCGUUGACUACCGAUACUACCGGGCAGUCCAGACGGAUUAUCUCCUCUGCCUAUGACCUGGCCCUCCAGUAUGUCGGUGUAGAUAAAGAUUCCGGGUCUAUCUGGGCAGACUACGUUCAAUUCAUUCGCUCCGGUCCUGGAAACGUAGGAGGCUCUGGAUGGCAAGACCAGCAAAAAAUGGAUUUGCUCCGAAAGGCCUAUCAGAAAGCCAUCGCGGUUCCCACCCAAGCUGUUAAUACCCUCUGGAAGGAGUACGAUCAAUUUGAAAUGGGCCUGAACAAGCUCACGGGACGAAAAUUUCUCCAAGAGCAGUCACCGGCAUAUAUGACAGCGCGUAGCUCGUACACAGAGUUGCAAAAUAUUACAAAAGAUCUAAAUCGUACCACUCUGCCAAGGUUGCCUCCGGUGCCUGGUUCCGAGGGCGACGUUGAAUUUGCGCAGCAGGUUGAGAUCUGGAAGCGCUGGAUCAAAUGGGAGAAGGGGGAUCCUCUUGUUCUGAAAGAUGAAGACCCAGCCGCUUUUAAAUCACGCGUGGUUUACGUGUAUAAGCAGGCUCUUAUGGCCCUCCGGUUCUUACCCGAAAUGUGGUUUGAUGCCUCCGAAUUCUGCUUUCUCAACGACAUGGAGAAUGAAGGCAACGAUUUUCUGAAGCAUGGCAUCGAGGGAAACCCUGAGAGUUCUUUGCUUGCGUUCAAACGUGCCGAUCGGCUUGAAAUUACGUCAGAGUCCGAGCAAGACUCUAUCAAACGAGGUGCUAAGGUCCGGGAACCAUACGAUAGGCUUCUAGACGCGCUUUACGGUCUGAUCGCGAAGGCGCGCACUCGUGAAUCCCAGGAUGUGGCGCGUCUCGAGGAAACAUUUGCAAAGCUAAAUCCCGGGCAACCCAUACCCAAGCCCGAUGACAACGACGACGAUGAUGAUCAGAGCGAGACCAAGGCAAGGGAGUCCGUCAAGAAAGCCCAAAUUGAAGCCCUUCGGAAUGCACACGCUAUCCAAAUCGGCAUUCUCUCUCGGACGAUAUCAUUCACCUGGAUUGCUCUUAUGCGCGCCAUGCGACGUAUCCAGGGUAAGGGCAAGCCCGGAGAGAUGCCCGGUUCGCGGCAGGUGUUUGCGGACGCUCGGAAGCGAGGGCGUAUCACCAGUGACGUCUACAUUGCGAGCGCGCUCAUUGAAUAUCACUGCUACAAGGAUCCGGCCGCGACCAAGAUUUUCGAACGUGGCGCAAAGCUCUUCCCCGAGGACGAGAACUUCGCACUGGAAUACUUGAAACAUUUAAUUGACAUCAACGAUAUUACCAAUGCUCGGGCAGUGUUUGAAAUGACUGUCCGUAAAUUGUCCUCCAACCCUGACAGUGUACACAAGACCAAACCGAUCUUCUCCUUCCUCCAUGAGUACGAGUCUCGAUAUGGGGAUCUGGUCCAGGUGAUCAACCUCGAGAACCGGAUGCGUGAACUAUUCCCGGAAGACCCGACCCUGGAGCAAUUCGCCCACCGAUAUUCCAGCCCGUCGUUCGAUCCUACGGCGGUGCGGCCGAUCAUCUCGCCGUCGCAAACCAGGCCCAAGGCCGCAUUCCCCACGGAGCAAGCCGUGUCGCGCCUUGGAACUCCCAUCCCGAGGUAUCAUGAUUCUUCGGUCACCAACUCCCCCAAACGACCGCUGGACGACUUUGACGACGACGGGAGCCGGCCGCGCAAAUUCGUUCGAGCCGACUCUCCGCUAAAGACGGCUCAGAGGCGGCAGUUGGAGCAGAAACGUGUCCAGCCCCCCACAAGCCAGGCUGGAUCCCAGUUCCGGUCUCAAGGCUCCCCUGCUCCGUUGCCCCGGGAUAUUGUCUAUCUUCUGAGUAUCAUCCCGCCCGCCUCAUCAUACAACGCAGGCCGGUUCUCGCCUGAGAAAUUGAUCGACCUCAUUCGGAGGAUUGAUAUGCCCAGCUCUAUCUCGCAGAUCCCGCUACCACAGUCGGUCCGCGGGCUGGGGACGGGACAAAACCCCUUCUCUGGCAUGUUUCGCUCCUAA